UUUGCCCUCAUGGAGCUCUGUGAAUGACCACUGAUGAGGUAGCGGAGGUACUGCCCACCUGUAUAGACCGAGAGAGGAAAAUAUGAAUCUUGGGGCGGGCGCGGCGCCUGAAAAUUAUCGUCCAUCAGCUGAUCAUGAGACUCCCCUGCCACAGGCACACACUGGAGAACCCAGAGAUGCUGAGGGAACUCCAGCAUGGCUGAGAGAAAUUCAGCCAGCAAACCAAGUUUCUUCCAAGGUAACGGCGCACAGACUGGCGAAGAUACUGGCAGUUGUGUGUACAGUUGGACUGCUAGGCUGUUUAGCUGUAGGAGUAUGUUUUUUAGUGAAGCUGCUCUUAAGGCCUGCUACAAAUCACAGCUCAGCGGGUCUAGGAGAUGCAAAAGAGACUCCCUUCUGUAAUGUGACGGAAGACAGUACCAUCGCUGACCCCAGAAAAGUUUUUUACAGAAUAAGUCCUGAGAACUCUCUGCUAGAGGUCCAGUUGGAGAAAUUGCAGACUUGGCUUCCUGUGUGCUAUGAAAGAUGGAACUCAUCUUUGGGAAACCUGGUUUGUAGGCAGCUAGGCUACCUAAGGUUAACAAAGCACAAAGGAGUAAACCUGACAGACAUAGGACCCAAUUACUCGGAUGGGUUUGUUCAAAUUACCUCUGAACACAAAACCAAUCUGGAAAGCUUGUGGCAGUUCAGAGAGAGUUGUAUCACAGGAAAGGUGAUAGCAUUGAAGUGUUUUGAGUGUGGGACUCGAGCAAAGCUGCCCCGAAUAAUUGGAGGAACGGAAGCCACUCUGGGGAGGUGGCCCUGGCAAGUGAGUCUCCACUACAGCUCCAGACAUACCUGCGGAGGCUCAAUUAUAACGCGCCGCUGGAUAGCCACCGCUGCACACUGCGUACACAAUUAUAGGCUACCUCAGGUCUCCAGCUGGGUGGUUUUUGCUGGUGUUGUCACUCGAAGCUCCACUAAACUGGCCCAACAUACAGGAUAUGCUGUGGAGAAGAUACUUUACCAUAAAAACUAUAACCACAGAAGUCACGACAAUGACAUAGCCUUGAUAAAGCUGAAGACACCAUUAAACUUCACAGGUGAGGAUACUAUUAGGCCAGUUUGUCUCCCACAGUACGAUCAUGAUUUCCCAGGUGGGACACAGUGCUGGAUUUCUGGCUGGGGCUACACAAGACCUGAUGAAGUUCACAUUCCUGAAACUUUAAAAGAGGCGCCAGUUCCCUUGAUCAGCACUAAGAAAUGCAACAGUUCCUGUAUGUACGAUGGGGAAAUUACAUCAAGGAUGCUCUGUGCUGGAUACACAGAGGGGCAAGUAGAUGCAUGUCAGGGUGAUAGUGGAGGCCCGCUGGUGUGUCAGGAUGAUGGCGUUUGGCGACUGGUAGGAGUGGUCAGCUGGGGCACAGGAUGUGCAGAGCCCAACCACCCUGGAGUUUACACCAAGGUGGCCGAGUUUCUGGGCUGGAUUUACGACACGAUUGAGAACUACUGAGUGUGAAAGUAGAAGAAAGGAGUUCAGAAGAAGGAAAGGAUGCUCGUCCUGAAGAUGUUUACUGCAAAAUUUUAUUAAAUUUAUGAAAACCAGCUGUUAGCAGCUCCACUGUUUUCAAAGUGAGGAUGCUCCCUCUGAAUUUAACCAAAACAAUAACAACAGAGUACAUUAUGGAUAGUGAGGAGACUAUAUAAUCUGCAUUUCUUCCCCAAUAAACAUGGCAGUUAGUUCCUUAUCACACCCCUCAGUUUGGAAUACAGAAUGUUAAUCAACUGGACUGAGUGCCAAGGACCAGGCGCAAGCAGAGGCGGGACUUCCUCCAAACCCUGCGCUGUCAUGGCAACUGCCAUUUCCUCCCCCUGCUGGCCAGUGAGCCUGCACUGACUGGGGGAUUGGAGUGGGGGUCACUGGCAGCACCGCAAGCACGAAGACAGCUGGCAGGGCCACAGCCUUCGUUAAGCAGCAAGCUGAAGACACCAUCUGUGACUUGACCUCUUCUAACCCUAGCGACACCCGGCUAGCUGUUUGCUGCCUCAUGAGGAAUCCUAAUCCAAUUUUAAUCAGUGGCUUUAGGACUCUAGGGGCCUUUUUUUAGUCAGAAUGAUCACCUUUAAUGCUCCAGCCACUUGGGAGCACUAAAUUUCUUUUUAAUGUAUCAAAGCCAUUACAUGUGAUUUGGAAGGCACUGUUGGUUUUGUUGUUCAUGUUGUCAUGUGCAAUGCUGCCUCUCUGCUACAGAAACCCUGAGCUCUAGAUAACCUUCCAAAAGUGAAGCACGUGGUGAGAGUGGAGAGCUGAGAGGGUUAACAGCAGAUGACAAAGAUAAUUUUACAACGUAAUUUUAAGCCCCUACCUUUUGCAAUUCUAAACUAGAUUCUUGACAUCAAGUAUUUUUCCAGAUUAUAGUAAUGUGGGAAAUUGUGACUAAAUGGAUAUGAAAGGCAGAAAUAUUGCUGUUCUAAUUCAGAUGUUUAUCAACAUAGCUUGUAGAAAUUUAAAUGUUUUCAGUUGUCUAUGUUGAUCAUGCCUGUAUCUUUGUUAUACUGUACAUUAUGACAUAAUACUACAUUUGCAAAGGAAUCUAAAGAGAAAAUUAUUUCUCCUACAUAUUUCAAAUAGAUAUUAAUAUAUUUUCCAAAAUGUUGGCUUUAUUUAAGACCAAAAUGCUGACAGUUUGCAGUUGUAAGAUUGUAAGAAUAUAUGCACAAAUAUACAUUAUAUGUAUACUCAAAAUAAUAUGAUUGAUAACAUGUAUUCGUGCAACAUAUGCAGAUAUAAUUAUUAUUGAUUUUAAUGUAGAUAAUAUUUGGGCAAUAUUAAUAAAAUAUU